UCGCCAUUUUGUAACACAGGCUUAUACGCCCGAAAGAGAGCUGCUGAAAAGAAUUCUGACCCUCAUCGAAUCCUACCGAGGAAAACCGGCCGCUCGACAACCAGUUAUCAUCCGAAAGGAAGGAGAAUCGUAUCGUAUGUCCGCUAUCCAGAACCUCCAAACUUUUGACCCCUUUGCUGAUGCAACUAAGGGUGAUGAUCGGCUCCCAGCAGGGACUGAGGACUACAUCCACAUAAGAAUCCAGCAGCGUAACGGCAGAAAGACUCUGACCACGGUUCAGGGCAUAGCCGAAGACUAUGACAAGAAGAAGCUAGUCAAAGCCUUCAAGAAGAAAUUUGCUUGCAAUGGGACUGUGAUUGAGCACCCAGAGUAUGGUGAGGUGAUUCAGCUGCAGGGUGACCAGCGCAAGAAUAUUUGCCAGUUUUUGACUGAGAUUCAGCUGGCGAAAGAGGAGCAGCUCAAGGUCCACGGUUUCUAGAAGCUGCCGCAACCUUCCCCCCCACCCCACCCUGACUCCGACAUUUAACCCUCGUGCUGCGGCACUCGCAGCCUCAUCCGUAACAGAUGAUGAUGAUGAUAAUGAUUACCUCUGAAUUGAGACUCUUUACUUUCAGUUUGGCCUCCUUAUCAAAGGGGCCAGUCCAAUGCAAACAUGGACAGACAGCAACACAAUUGAUGUGGGAUGUGUGGUGAUUUUUUUUUUUUUUUUUAAAUUUUUUUUCUCUCCCUCUUCACCCAUCCUUUUUUUUUUUUUUAGUUGAUUUUGUGCUGUCUUAAGGACACAGCUCCAUGUAACUUUCUGUGUACAACAUGUUUCAAUAAAACCCUCAAACGCUA